GAUCCGUGUAUUAUUAAAGCAAUAAAUCUUCGUAAUAGUUGUUGUUACGCACCAGCUGCAUAUUGCGCAAUGUUCAACGUGUUAGGUUUCUAUUCGUUACGAAACGAAGAGGGUCGAAUUAUUUUAGGAAGUAUGAAGUCUUACAUUCAAAAAAUCGCAGUGCAAUUUUACUGGUCGUAACGAACGCUGUUGUAAUUUUAGGAGCCUCUGUUUCACGAGCAUAAGAAUUUUUUCUGGCACGCAUCGUCGGAAGCGGCAGUUUCAAUUUGUCAUUAAUGACUUCAUUUAAAUUCCGUUAAAAAGCAGAACAGAUAAUUCCGUUCAUUAUAAACUUGUUAAUUAAAACCGAUAUUGUUCUCGUUUUAAACACAUAGUGAAAUUUUCAUUGUUGUUAAGAGCGCUAUUGUAAUCGCAUCUCUGUUUUAAGAGCAUAAGAAUCUAUUCUGGUACGUAUUAUCGGAAGCGGCAGUUUAAAUUUGUCAUUAAUGGCAUCAUUUAAAGUCUGUUAAAAAGCAGAAUAGAUGUUCCGUUGAUUAUAAACUUGUUAAAAUAAAAUCGAUAUUGUUCUCGUUUUAAACCGAAUAUAUGCGCAGAAAAUAAAAAAACAACGCAUAAACAAUUGUUAAGACAAUUACAAUAUAAGCAUAUAGUGACUAAAAAGCGCAUAAAGUAAAACAAUUCGAAUAUUUGCAGAAGCAUUUACGGCUGAAUUUCCGAGGGUAUGUAGCGUUGUUAGUGAAGUUGCAAUGUUUUUGCAAUUUGAAUUGUGAGAAACUCUAUUCUGAAUUCUCUAAAAGGGCUUGCUGAUCUCAUUUAUUUAAGGAUAUUUCGACCGUCGAACGCGGCAAGUCAAAUGGAAUAGGAUAAGAUAUGUAAAUGCAAGGCGGUUCGUACUAUUGCAGCUCGAUUGGAUUAAGGAUACCAGUGAAUGAUCAUGAAUAAUCAACACCUCAUUGAUUACUUCUACAUUUAUGUAAACACGGUCAAAUCCGAUAAAAACCAUAAUUAAGCAAGAGGGAGCGUCAUUGGGCACAAAAUGGACCGCGGCAUAUUGCGGCAAACGUUGAUUGGAGUCGUGUGUAGUAUGUUAAUCAUCGAUUGUGGCCUCCACGAGGGAUGGAGCACGCCGACCAUAUCCAAGUUCAAUGAGGAGGAUCCUUUAAAGGUGACAACCGACGAGAUCGCUUGGAUCGUGAAUCUCCUUUAUGUGGGAGUCGGCAUCGGCUCGUUAGUACCUUUCAUACUGAUGGACAACAUUGGACGUAAGGGAACCUUGCUAAUCACCACGGUGCCGAAAAUCCUCUCGUGGGCCGUCAUCGGGCUAUCCACGUCUGUUCCGAUCAUGUAUGUCGGACGGAUACUCGCGGGCAUCGGAUGCGGCAUAACGUACGCUGUAAUGCCGAUGUAUCUCGGCGAGAUCAGCAGCAAGCGGACCAGAGGUCCUUUAGGUACUUUAAUGGCUGUUCUAAUCAACAUUGGGAUGCUACUCAUCUACGCGAUCGGUCUGUGGAUCAGUCGAUUCACGAUGGCGAUGAUAAGCAUUUGCGCGCCGGUGUUCUUCCUACUGACCUUCAUGUGGUUACCCGAGAGCUCGGUGUUUCUCACGCGGAAGAAUAGACUUGGACCCGCGGAGAAGACCCUUCAGUGGGCCCUGGGUAAGGAGAACGUGGACGAGGAACUCGAGGAGAUCAAAAGAAUUGUGGAGACCGAGGACAAGUGCAGCAAGAUGACUCUCGGGGAGAUGUUCAAGGAGAUCGGCACGAAGCCACAGAACAGGAGAGCCUUUCGAAUCGCUCUGAUAUUAUUGAGCGGGCUGACAUUGACCGGCGCGUCGCCGAUACUCGCGUACCAGUCGUACAUAUUCGAAGAGGCCGGCUUCGAGAUCUCGACCAACGCGAGCAUCAUCAUGUCGGGCGUCGCCAUCGUCCUGGCCGGUAGCGCCUGCGUGUCGGUGGUGCGUCUCACGGGCAAGAGAUUGCUGCUGCUGAUCGCCGCACCGAUUUGCGUGGUAUCGCUGGCGACGAUAGCCAUUUUCUUCGAGCUGCAGUCCGGCGGCUACGACGUCUCCCAAUUCAAGUGGGUGCCCACGGUCUUCGUGGUGAUUUACGUGCUCGGCUUCGGACUCGGCCUUAAUCCGAUACCGCUGGCGUAUAUCGGCGAGAUCUUCGGCGUCGAGGUCAAAGUACCCGCCGCGGUGCUCAAUGCUCUCUACUACGCUUUAAGCACCACCGCCAUUGUGAAGUUUUAUCAGGUCGUGCAAGAGUUAUACGGCACGUUCGCACCAUUAUGGACGUUCGCCGCGAUAACGUUUCUUAUAUGGGUAUUAAUUUACCUAUUUGUGCCCGAGACUGAAGGCAAAACCUUGGAAGAGAUACAAUUGGAAUUGCGGGAUAAAGAGUGACGUAAUAUAUAGACAAGCUAUAUAAGAAAGCGUAAACAGGCGUGGCAUUAUAAACAAUGCAAAGAUCCAAAGAUCGUUAAGUCCACUUUUACAACGUAUAUCUAGCACGAAGCACGGCUUGACUUAAUUUUAUCGACAUUCAAGGCCGAUUAUAAAAAGAUUAGAAAGAUAAUGUUCCUGUUAAAUUAUGACGAAAGUCCGGUUUACAUUUUUUUUUUAAAUGUGUACUGUCGUUAUAGGUUACGUUUAUGCGUUCACAGCCAGGUGGAUAAUUAGCCAGCGCUGUGUUAGUACGCGCAUGUAUACGUCAAGCAAAAAUCUUGAUGUAGGAAACGGACAGGAAAGUCGGUUUCAAAAAUAAAAUUUAUAGAAGUAGCGAGCUAUGAAAUAAUUCAACCGAGAGAAACAAUUUCCAUAACUUUGUUUAAGAUUUUUAUCAAUGUAUGCAUUAAUUUACAUUCAUAUAUUCUCAUGCAGACAUACUAUUACAUAUAUUCUGCGUAUAUAUUUUGUUCGAGUUUAGCGUAGAUAAUAUUGUAGAAUCACAAAGAUCGCGACGAAAAACUAAAUGUUUCUGUAAUAAAAGCAUACAAAAUAAUAAAAAUUCAAUGUAAUUGCCUUUACCGUUUCAGCGAGGUUUAAUUAACACUGGUGUGCAUAUUUCGUUAGUUUACGUUAUUAUUUAAUUUAAUUUGAUCUUUUCUCGAGCGAUUGAAUAAAAUUCAAAGCAUGUAAUAUACGUUUUUAAUUAUAUUUACAAUUAGUAUAAAUAUUUUUAUUUAACCCGCAUUUAGAAUCAAAUUAGCUUUUACUUUUUAGUAUAUUUUGAUAUCAAAGAGCUUCUUCCAUUUAAUCAUUUAUUCCAUGUGUUUUACAAAACUGCAUCAUCGAUAAUGGUGUUAAAUCGCAUUUGGAGCUGGUGAAAGCACUAGGGAGAAACGACGCGAGGGAAAAUCAUUGGGUCUUGUUUGAUCGUAAAGCUCCAACUCCGCAAAGAGAAUCGUUUAGUAGCGAUAUCGUGUACGACGAGAUUCGUAUGUUCGAUCGGACAAGUUAAGUUCUCAUUAAAAACACAUUUGCAACGCGAAUUCGCUGGCCUCGCUCCUUAAUCCUAUCUUAAAGUCUGCUACCUUGAAUAUUCGAAAAUACCUCUCUGCGUGUUGCUAAAUAUUGUCUUGACAUUUGUGACAUUUAGCAUAAGUAGAACAACAAUUUCAUCAUUCAAUGUGAACGUUCUCCAUCUUAUUAGACUAUGACAGUACUACUGUAAUUAUGAAUAUUGGCGUACAAUUAUUUCAAUGUUCAUGCAGGUAAUAUUGUAAUAUAAGAUAUUAUGGAAACUAUUAGAGUAUAUUCUGAUUUAUGCGUGCGAAAUUGUUGGGUAAACCUGCUCAUUUAUUAUACACGCCAAGAUCGAGGAGAUUUUAGUGCUAACGACCGAGUGGCUUAUAAAUUUUUCGACUAGUCUAUCCUUACACAGCAACCCGUCGUACCUUGCGCUCGAUAAAAAAUGCAACAUUCUCUGAAAUCGGUCCUUUCGUCGUAAAUUGCCGAGUGAUCCCCCCCGUAUGACCAUCUUGGCUACGCUGACGAUGGCUCGUCAACCUGGGUAUGCGGCGGAACAUUGGUAGAACGCGUGUACGUUGAACGACAUGUCUUGCAUGCGCCUGUUGGCGUUUCUCUCGAACGGAACGUCCGUACAUGUGUAUCGCUCAUACGUAUGUAUAUUUACAAUUACGUGGAAAUGCAUUUGCCUAUAUGCACAUACAACUGUUUAUCCGCCGAUACCCUCUCGCGUGAUGUAUUAGUCUGAACAUGUGUGUUCCAAGUACACAAGUGCGGAUUUGAGCACGAUUAGAUUUAAUAUUUCAAUGCGAAAGUAUUGUUAUCUCCAGGGUUGGGAAAGUUGCUUGAUAAAAGUAUCUAGUUACGGUUUAAAAAAUGUAACUGGCUAUACAGUUGCAAGUGACUAAUUCUGAAAAGUUACAUUGCAGUUACUUUCCUGCAAUAAAAAUAAA